GUUUCACUACCCCAUCAUCACUAAAAAGCAUUCGCUGGCCUCAUUGCGCAUUACCACCAGAGCGUAGCUGAUAUCUCUGGACCCUGGAGAGGAGAGAAAACAUAAAAGGACCAUGUCACUGUACGAGAAAUGUCCAGAUCCCCCACCAAAAACGCCCGCCAAGCCAAUUCUACUGCCCGAGGCGUUUCGUGUCUGCGCACUUUACGGCUUGGCUGGCACCGGGAUUUACAUGGUGUUUUAUUUUCUUCGCCUCGUUGUUUUUCUUAGCUCCGUGGAGGAGCUGCCGGUAGCCUACCAGAAAGCCGACUCCGACACACGACUGGGCCCGAUCGCACUGCCAGAUGACGAGGACUCGAGAUGGGCUAUUCCCCCACCCCUUAGACCGGUCUCUCGCGGUGCAAUUGCAAGGGAAUUUAUCGCCUCAAAACUCUAUGGCGCUUUCUCUAUUGGCCGAGAGUUGUUUUUGUACGGCCCGAACGACAACGGGCUGGUUACAGCGAGUUUGAGCACGUGUGUUGCCCAACUGCGGUACAUGUCCGGGCAGAGUUUUUGGAUGCUUCGUGCGGCCGGAACCCAUGUUAUUUGGUGGGUGUGCGUUCGUAGAUUCCUCGUCGGAGUCUGCGGCACGGGCCUCUGGGUCAUCAUUUAUUUCCCCGUUUGGCUAUCGGGUGCCGACUCCAAGUCACCCUUUGUCUGCGAUACCAUUCUCUGCAGCACAACGAUUCUGUCGGACUUACUGGUCUCCAUCUGGAUGCGGGGAAAUUUUGUUGAUCAUAGUUUGUAAGUCUAACCGGGCUUGCUUUGAAGCUCUAGCACUCUUGGAACUGAACUCUAGCUAUUGAAGGCGCAUUCUCGCGGUGUCUACGGGAUGGGGCAAGAAGGUUGCAUUAU